GCUCCGUCCCCCGUUAGGAACUUGGAACUCAAUGUGCUUUCAUCAACAUCAAUCUACGUGAAGUGGGAACCACCAGUAACAAUGAAUGGAAAUCUCCGGCAUUAUACUGUGACGUAUGGAACAGCAAGGAGCAAUUUGGAUGAACGGAACAAUUCUGCCACUGCAGUCAGUUAUAAACUAACUGGUCUGGAAGAAUUUACAGUCUACUAUGUUCAAGUAUAUGCUGAAACUUCUGUUACAGGAAAACUCUCAGAAAUAGUUGAUGCAAAAACAUUUGAAGAUGGUAUGGCCUGUAACUUUGAAUGUUUUGUUAUGUCAUGUUACUUACUUUACACUCGAACAGUAAUCUGGGACGUCAGUAAGCAAAUGCGCCACUGGCUGCCACCAUUGGUCCAUUUUCGAGGUGUAAUGUAACCCUGGAUUUUGUGAUCAGUGAAGUGAUUACAAAUGUACAUGUAGACUAAUAAUAGUCUUAAUAAUAAUAGUUUUUGUUCAAUCAAAGGAUAAAGAUACAUAUCCUAAGUUACAGUGAAAAUGUAUUAAAAGAUGCACGAUAAAAUACAAUAGUAAUAUAAGGUAGAAUAAUACUAUACUAAAUUAUAUUUAAAAAUAAUUCUAUUUACAAAAGUUUUCUUGUAACUCUCCGUUUUUAUCUGAGGAAGGUGACACCUUCUCCUACGCAAAUUAUAUACUAAUUCUUUUUCUUUGGGAAUGAUCGCACCUAGCAUAUGAUUAUUAAUAGCUCUUUUGAAAGCGAAUUUAUCUUGCUGUUUUAAAAGAUUAAAGAUGCUCACUAUUUGAGAGGUAAAAUGACGCUUAUGGCACAUGUCCAAAAAACGCUGUAUCACAUUUAAAUCAGAAUCAGAAGCGCCAUACACAGCGAGACCAUAUGUGAGAAUGGGAAGAACUAGGGUUUUACACCAUCUUGUUUUCUUUCUUUUCUUUUUCUAUUAAACGAACAGCUCCAAGUGCUCCCCCGGUCAUCGAUAAAGCGAAAACUAAAGCUGAAGAUGCUCACACUAUCAGGGUCACAUGGAAUGAGAUUGUUAAGGAGGACCAAAAUGGUAACAUAACCGUUUACACAGUGGCAUACAAAGUGGAAGGUCAACCUACACAGUUAAGCCUCAAUACAACUGAUAAAAAUACAGUUAUCAAAGGACUAAAGCCACACACAAGCUACUGUAUUAGAGUACGAGGCUAUACUAAGAUUGGACCUUCAGAUUGGUCCCCCUGUACCACAGUGAUGACGUCAAAAUUAGGUGCGGUAUAGUUCUCCAAGUUUUAUCAGUUUGAAGGUAGAAACCACAGAGAGAAAAGAAAAUACAACGAAACAAAAACAAACAGAAAAGCCAACGGUAUUUGUGACAAGGAAGCGUCUUAAUUAAGUUUGAAGGCAAUUUUAUUGAACCUGUGUGUUUUAGAUAAUAUCCUUUUAUAAAUUCAUGUGUGUGUGCGUUUGUGUAAUUCUUUUAUUUUUAUCUUAUUUAAUUCUCUUGUUUUAUGUCCGCUUCUUUUGAAUAGGUGCUUAGUUUUGCUGUAGUUUCUUUAUCAAGUAAAUUGUAAAUAUCCCAAAACGUUCCGACGAAUAAGUGAAAAUGAUUGGACGAAAAUUUUGUCCGACUUUUUUUUCCAUUCGAAUAUGUCACCAGUAUGUUUUCGUAAUCUGCAAUUGUAUUACAAAUAAUGUGGGAACCGUUAUAGGUGAUGUUGUGAUGUAUUUAUAACAAUGACUUGAGUUUGGUUAUGAAAUGUGCGUAUUUGCUUUUAGCGAGUAUGUCAGCCAGUCAGAACUAAAACUGGUUGGACGGCAGUGGAAUUAUAGUAAAAUUUACUAACAAAGGAGUUAAAACUGUAGGUCCAAGUCGUCCACAAGGUGUUUUCGUGGAAGCUUCUUCGUCUACAACAAUUCAUAUAAACUGGAGCGCACCAGCAGAACCAAAUGGAAUCAUACAAAACUAUUUGAUUGAAUACGGGAAAGACCCUGAUCAGCAACGCUCUAAGAAAGUCGUUACAAACCGCACAUUUCAAUUCACCUUAACUGGAUUAGAAAAAUUUACAACCUAUUACCUCAAAGUCAGGGGAAAAACAAGCGAGAGAGGGAAGGCUUCAGAAGUAUUAAAUGCUACAACGUUUGAGGACCGUAAGUAUUGUUAAGCCCCGUGCAAACGGACGCAACAUUGUUGGCCAACAACUCCCAACAUUGUUGGAUGUUACAUGUUGCGUCCGUUUGCACACCCUGUUGCAUGUUGCCGGAUGUUGUUGCGAGUUGUUGCGCAAGGUUCGAAACCGGUCAAACUUUUCAGCCAACAACUCCCAACAUUUCUUGUGUUCCGUGAUCGCCGAAGCGUAGCGCAACAAUGUUGGAUCCGUUUGCACAACUCCUCCAGCACGCUCAUUACGUAUAGUUUACAAAGACUUAUGGGUUGUAUCCUUCCCACGAUGCGCUGCAGGUCCCAACAUUGUUGGGAGUUGUUGCAUCCGUUUGCACACCACUGCCAACACACACGCAAUAACUCCCAACAUUGUUGGCGCAACAGUGUUGGGAGUUGUUGCGUCCGUUUGCACGCAGCCUUAUUUAUUUAUCGAUUCUUUGUAAAUGUUCAAGUUUCAUGGUUUUUCGUAUUAUUUAAGAACCUUGGAGUAGCCGUAAUCUGAAUUUUUCACGCACACGUUCAGACGCAGCUGUAAAACGCGUUUCAAAAAGCCUUCCCUAAAAAUCUAGGUAGCAUAGCGUUUCUAUGGCACUUGAUUGAGCAAAUCCGGCAGCUAAGGAGAUAGAGCACCAGUCAGUCUCCUGUGGCAGUUUUGAAUCCUACCCGUUCUGCAGUAUGACAGCAGCGUUCUCCUUAUCAGGCGAUAACCGGUAAAAUUUACAGCCUGAAUUAACACUUCUUACCGCCUGCAACCCGCUUCAAAGUUUACUAAAGUUGAAUAAGUAGUUUUAAAAAAUACGUAAGUUGUGAUCCGAUCCGAUCCGAUCCGAUCCGAUCAAGGAAAUUGAUGAAUAGAUUAUGGAAAAGUACUAAAGUAUAUACAGCUUUUCUUUUUAUGGGCCAUGCAAUUUGGAAAAAGAACAUUGAAGACAGAGUACAAUUAUUGGGAUCAAACGUUUUAAAUUGUUGUCUAAAGAUAACAAUGGCCAAGUUGCGUAAAAUAGGUCUUACAAUGAAUUACGUUUCCAAGAACUUAGCUCCUCCUAGGGCGGGGCCAUGUUCCGCACUCCACUACCCCCUCCCCCCAUCAGGAAAGUGCACCUCUGGGGCAUACUUUUACCUUACCGGGCAUGAAUGGUCCCUUACCUGCUGAGCUAAAAUUUAGGGGGAACACUGCUGACAUCUACAUACGACCUUUGGUGAGAUCACUGUUGCUGUGGUAACACGUUAGGGGUUUCUCUAAUUCAGACAAUCGUUGAUUGACCAUUGAAAAUGAAGCUAUCGGGCUCUUCUUCAUUUUUCUGUUUCCGGAUUCAAAUGGGGGAUGUGAACUAAAAUGUUACUUUUGGUGGGAAUGUUGGGAUUUUCAACACACCCAGCCACUAUGAUAUAAGAUUGCGAGAGACUUAAAAAAUAUCAAUGAGCCCUCCGAAUAGGGGCACCAAGAUCAGAAGGCCAGGUGUUUGAAAACAGUGCUACGACAACUUGUUGUUUUCACCCCUGCAAUUUAUUCAUUUUCGUUCUGCAUUUCUACAGGUCCUAGUGCCCCAACAAAAUUUAGUGGCAAAGUCUUAUCAGACAAAGAAAUUCUGAUUACAUGGGAAGAACCUGUUAAUGACAAUGGAAUCAUAAGAUCUUACUAUAUCAGAGUUUAUGACACUAAAUCUGGGCAAGAGGCUUAUAACAAAACCGUACCUAAGGAAGGCAAUAAUGAACAGAGGUUGUCCAACCUUAAACCAUAUACAAACUUUACCUUCACGAUACAAGCCAAAACCAUUGAGCUAGGAGAGAUGGCUUACUUCACAGCAAAGACAUUGGAAGGAGGUAAAUUUGAAUUAAUUUUGUCCUUACCCUUGUACCUGCCCUUUUAAAGCUAUCUUCUAAGAUAUUCGUGCGAUUUUCUACGGCCAGGGAGAAAGACCAAUGUACUAUUCCUUGUAGUUACAGUGUACUUGUAUUUAAUUUUGUAUAUAGACACUUGUUCUCCCAGGGAGGAUUUUGGUGUUAACUCCUUCCCCGGAAGUUGGCAAUAAAUUGAAUUAAAUAUCGAGGGCUGCUUCGUUCGAAAUAGCUUACUUUUCAUACGAAUCGCUGUAAAAUCGAAGGUAUUUUCACUCUCGAUUUGAAAUAACACUGUAAAACAACAUGGUAUAAAAUCAUGUAUCGAAAAAGCCAAUAUUAUACCAUAUUUUAACUGGAAUUAUCUUUAACCUGUAGAGCCAGGUAAGCCGGCGGAUGUCACGGCCAAGCUAGAGGAAGACAAUAUCAACGUGUCUUGGGAAGAACCAGCUAAUCCCAAUGGAAUAAUCUUAAAAUACAAUGUGAGUGGACGAUAUAUAUGUUCAUGUCCUCUCAUCUAUUCCUGUAAGCUAAUUCCAUCCAUUAUUUCCUUUAUGCCCCUCACAGGCAGAUAUGUUCAGUAACCUGCAGGAAGCUGUAGUUUUUUAAGAAUGGCAAGGCUUGUUUUCAUUAGCAACGGAGUAUAAAAGAGACGUACUCAGAAGCGAAGAGCGAGUUAAAACAGAGUUCCGAUUCCACUAACGCCUCUGUCAGUUACGAUCUAUUUGAAACCAGAUUGCCGGAGUCGCAAGGAGAAGCAGAGAAACAGACGUAAUCACCUUGUCGGCGACACGAGGGAAUGGUUUAUUUUCCGCUUCUCCUUCGGACUCCGUCCGACAUUCUAGCUUUCAUCAGGCUGUAAAUGGAAACGUUCUAUACUAUGUUCACAUUCUACCUGAUAGCUUUUCGUGCCGACGCAAAAAGCAUGCGCAGUAAAGUAUUAAAAGCAGCGACACAUAUGAGAACUGGAACAAGUGGUUCACACGCAUCGGAACAUCGUUCCGUAACGGUUGGACGAGAGGGUAUAGUUCUUCGAAUUCCAAUCCUCAUCCCUGAAUAUUUACUUCAGGUAGAGAAGUCUCCUAUUUUUCAUUUCUUUUUCUUAAUAAGGCAUCAUAGUUUUGAUAAAUUUUUUUUUUUUUCUACGAACUUGGAAAACGUUCUCCGGUCAUCAUUUAUGAACAAUUUCGAGUACAACAUUUCUAAAACAUUCAAUACGCCUAUCGAGCGUUUUCGCUCACAUGGCCAGCAGCUGUGGUAAGUUUGCGACAAAAUGAAGCGUUUAUAACACAAGAAAAGAGUACAACUCCCAUAGGACUGGUCUGGGACACAACGUGGCCCGGGCUUUUGUUCUGGUUUUGGGACACCAACAUAGCAACCGUGACGUCAUGUGAAAAGGGUUUUAUAUAGAGUGAAAAUGGUAGAAAGUGAUCUUAUGCUGUGCUUUGUUUGCCCUUUUCUGUUCAGGUGUAUUUCCAGGGGAGAAGAGCGUAUAACAAUUCUUUCAAAGAUGAUUUUCCGCUGGUGGAAUCUAAAACAUCUCGGUAUAGGUCUAUCAGGAUAGACAAAUUGAAACCUGGUACAGAGUACUCGAUAUAUGUUACGGCGUUUACUAAGAAAGGAGAAGGUGCCAGAAGUAAGGCUGUUACAGUGAGCACACCGGCAAAAGGUAAUAGUUAACAUCAUCAUCGCGUGCUGACAGGUUUUAAAAUAGCACUACGAAACUCUGCACUGAGUUUAAACCCUGAUUGGUCGUUAUACAGUACUGCAAUACUUUGAAGCCCGAUACCUCAAAGUGGCAGACGUCUCCUUUCCUCCAAUGCCCACUCCUUCAAGGCGUGAUACAUGUACGUAGUCUGCGUUGCAUUGAUCUUAUUCUGGAAUAGGGGACGAUAAUAGUUAAAAAUAUCCGCUCGUUAGAUCAAACUAGUUAAGCGUAACUCGUCGUCCCGUGAAAGUCUUUUAGAAAAGAGGGUAUUUGCAACAAUAUUCUUUUAAAAAACGAUAAACAGAGCAGUUACCUCCUUACCUCGCUUCUUCGAGCACCCGUUACGCAUUAUAUCAGCACACUUAACGCCUCUGCUAUCUUGAAAAAUGUGUCUGGUUUUAGCAAUGAUAUCUUCUUACGGGGAUGGGACAUUAACCAAUGGCCUAGUCCUUAAUCUGGAUAGUCAGGCGUUGCAAUUCAUCUGGCCUUUCACCCAAAACCUGCCCAGCAUGGUUGAACCCACCAGGGACAAGGACCCAAGUGGUAUAGUUUCCAGGGUCGUCAGUGCAUACAGACCUCCCCACCACGUUAAGGCACAAUAAUUAGCAACCGCCGCCUGGUUAGCUCAGAGAGUGCGCCGGUCUGCUGAGCGGAAGGUCGCGGGUUCCAACCCCGGCCUGACCAACACUCAUGGUCUUAAAAUAACUGAGAAGAAAGUGCUGCCUUUCUAAUGACAUCCGCAAAUGGUUACUGAGACUUUCCAGUUUACUCGGAUGAGGACGAAAAACUGUCUGUUUUUGUUGGACGUAAAAGAACCCACACCACUGUUCGAAAAGAAUAGGGGAAGUAGACCCCGGUGGUGUAGCCAUUCUUUACAGGUUGUGGGAUUGGUUAGGGGUAGAACCUCGCAUGCGACCUGAGUCCCGUUCGUGUACAUUUCCUCUAGGCAGGCCUGUGUCCAGAAAAGCUGUUAAAAAAAAUUAGGGAGCAGUAAAAAGUCUAAGUUAAAUCUUAUUAUGUUUACAAAUGUUUCCCUUCUUCGUAGACAUCCAUUUCCGCAUGAUGUACAGUGUGUAAGCUCAUGCCGUUUUAUGAUAAAAGCUCUUGUGCCAUCAUCAUUAUCAUUAUUAAAUAUGGUAUGAAAAUGGCCCCAUCCAAAGAUUUCCAACUGUAGAUAGUACUUAUGAUUGGCUGAAGUAAAUCUUCAACUAAUCAGGAACACUACCCGCAUUUGGGUAGUGACAAAAAUUCUUCCCUCCUUACUUAGACCAUAGUUAAUUGAGUGGAAUGGUUAUGAAACCCGUCAGACUCCUUUGUUAUAUGUUUUUGUGGACCUGAAAGUGCACAACGUUCAAAAGAAUUCCUAUCAUUUUGAUUGUAUUGACCAAUAAAAACCAACGGAAAACAAAGGAUUGUGCACUUUCAGGGUGCUUCCAACAUAAACUGCAGCACUGUUGUUUUUAUCAUUGAUGUUUGCCGCUUUUCAUAACCAGUCUCCUCUAAUAACUAUGCUUAGACGUCAUGUCGCGGAGAAAUCGUUCGUGUCAUCGCUGAAUGUGGGCUGUUUUCUCAGACUAUUAUCUAAUAGGCUAAAGCUAUAUGUAUAGAAAUGUGAAAUAAAGCCUUCCCCACCUUCUUGGUCAUUUUUAUUUCUAGUCUAUUAAAUGACCUUUGUGUUUGCGGCGUUCAUCAUUUUUCUCUUGCAGCUCCUCCCCCACCACCACUCCCACAGUUUGUCGAGGGUAGCAUCAAACCCACCGAAAUGACAAUCCUCCUGACGAAAUCUUCAGAUAGCAAUGGAAGAGUUGUGUAAGUCUAAUAGAUUGUUUCAAAGUUUUUAACCGCUCUUGUAGCAAGUUAAGGUGAUAGUGUCAAUAAAAGAUAACUCUACUCGUACAUGUAAGAGAUCUCCCUCAGACCAAUUCUCGGAAGUGACCACGUUCUUUUCAGAGACGUUUCUCGUCGCAAAAGUCAAGAGAAAUGUCUCCGACCUGAGACUAGCAGUGUACUUUUUUUUCUGUUUUUUUUUUUUUCGAUCCGAGGUCUGCCUGAAACUCUAUUGUCUAAAUCAAAGGAUAUUGGUCUUUUUAUCAAAUGAAUACAGUUUUCGUAAGUUUUGUCUAGCACUGAUUUGUCUCAUUUCCAUAAUUCUGUCUUCUACGUAAACAGAUAUGGAACUGAUAUCUUAUUCACACAAAGCUUAAACAUUUUUAUAUGUGGUUGGUUGUUUAGUUCCUUAAGUUGGGUCACCUUGCUAUUUAAGUUUGUCCAAGACUUGACACAGGUCGAAGCAAAGUGAGCGGAGCGUAAUUUUUAGGAGUUUCUAAGUGAGAGAAGCGAGCUCUUUAAGCCGUGAAGCGACCGAGCGAGCGAAAAAGUCUCAAGGGAGGACUUUUUUGAAAGUCUAAGUUUGUCGCGAAGUAAAAUCUAUCUUGGAUCCUACGUAGACGCUAAUUUUUCAGUUUUCUAGUAAAUAAGUAAAGCAUUUAUUUGUUAUAAACACUAUCAAAUUACAGUGACGCUGAUGUGGUGGUGUGCAAAAUUAAAAACAAAUAAGAACUAUUCACAUAAUUAAGAAUUUAAAUAAAUAUAACCGAUACGUUUAAGACAAUAAAAAAAUAACAAAAAAGACAAAAAAAGCUAAAAUUGGAUUAAAAACCACCAAUAGCUAGUACUAAAAAAUUGCAUUGGACAAAAUCUAGAAGACAAUUUCUUCACUCAGCGUUAAAUUAAAAUUUUCUUAACAGGUGAUUUUUCUCUUAUCAUCAUUGUUCGACAGAAGCACUGAUAUGUUUAACUUACUUCCGUGCUAUCUCUUUCUUGGGGUCGGCAUGUUGAAACAUAAUUGAUUUUUUAACCUUUAUUUGGUUUCAUGUUUAACUAAUAAGUGUCUUAGUGGGGAGGGCAUGCGCUUGUCCAUAGUAACGUGUGAGAAAUAUUCUUCAAAAGCUUCCAUUUGAUACCCAGUGAACAGGCUCUCUGUUUGGGGAAAGGGUGAAAAAAUCGCGAGGAGAGGGAAGGGUAAGAUUUGUUCACCGUAUCUCCAAACAGGGAGCUUCGGUUCACAGGCUACCAUUUGAAAAUGUUCAAGACGUCUUCAGUUAAUAUGCAACAAUCUAGAUAGCCUGAUUCUCAGACGUCCGAGGUCGUUCGCGGUCCCUUCGCUUCCCGCGAACUACCACGGACUUCUGAGAAUCAGGCUACAGUCUAGACGGUAAAUUAUUUUAGCAGCUCUUACGUGGAUGUGUUCAAGUUCGUUACACGAACUGUUGUUGCACCCCACACAAUAAGACCAUACGUAAUGAAUUGUAAUAUUACUUUAUGGUAGAAGUCCAAGCGGGCUUCAACUGGUAGAAAAUGAAAUGACUUCAACGGGUUAAAGUUUCUGUGUGAACAAUUUCGACAAUUCAGAAACGUGUUUAGACUAUUCAAGUCACAUCGUCGUUUUAAGGGCAUAAAUUCUGUCUUGCCUGGGUGUUGUGUUAAAAAAAAUGUUGCGAAACCAGUUCGUGACUGUAUUCAAAAUAAAAUUAAGUUAGGCGUCUACCGCGUCAGGAUUAGGACAAUUACAAUUAUAUACACGUACAUGGUGGUAUCGUCAGGAUACAUAUGCAGUUCACCAUCACAGGCACUGACAAUGUCUGGCAAAUCAUUAUAGAAGAGAGAAAAUAAGAAGGGACCGUGCACAGAUCCUUGAGGGACACCAAGCGUAACUUUACUCGAGCAAGAACAACAGCCAUUAACAAUGGUGACUUGAUGACGAUCAGCUUGCAACUUUUGAAGCAGCACAUAAUGAGAAAUAGAAUCAAAAACUAGUCCACGAAUACGAUCCCGACUACUAUGUAGUUGUCAAGUGCUCUCUUCCAAUCUUCGGUCAUAUGUUCAGUACAAUGAUCUUUCUUGUAUGCCCACUGAUGUGGGUUACUAAGGUUGUUGUCAGAAAUGUGAGACAUGAUAGAUGAAGCAACUGCUGACUCCAUAGUUUUACCCGAAACGCUUAGCAAUGAAAUGGGGCGAUAGUUGAAUUUGUCUGUUUCAUAAUCCUUUUUAUAAAGUUGAAGUUAGCUAUUUUCCAUUUGCAGGAACAACGUUUUAGUUCUAGUUCCUCUAGCUGCUUUUCAUUUUCUCACACCCUGUCGGUUAAAUAAACAUGUCUUGUUGGUGUAAAUGAGACGUAAGUGUACUCCCUCGUUAAAGGCUUAAAUGUGUAUGAUUUUGUUGUAUUAAACUAGUGUUCAUGAAGUUGUAGUGGAAAAGGUCGAAACAGUCAGCAAACGGUCAACAUCCUCUUUACCAGAAACCAUUCGUGGCUACAGAGAGGCAAUGGCCAAUGGCGAUCAAUAUUAUAUUGCUGCCAGAUUUGAGCGAGAUAAAGAACAGGUUCCUAGAAAGUUUGUCCUUGGUGAUGGAGAGACCUAUGGUGGUUACAAGAAUGCGCCAUUGGAGCCGAUGACAAAGUACAAGUUGUAUGUGAGAGCAGCAACUGAAGUUAAUGGGGUAAGAAACAAAAUAAUAAUAAUUUGUGGCGCGAUCGUUUGGGCCACUUCCGGCAAAGAAGGUCUUGCAACAUUAUUUAAAGAAUCUUCGCCGCGCACAGGUAGUCUAGGAAACCUCGAUGUCUUCUGAUUGAGAAAGACUUAAAAUACGUUCUUUUUGGUUGUUGUUGUUGUUUUUUCUUGUACAUUGAUAAUAUCUUCCAAAGUGACCUAUUAUUUUUUUUAAUAUGCAGAAAUGGGUUUACGGAGAGCCUGCUGAAAUUACCCUUCCCACUACCGGUAGGUUUUGA